UUGAGUGGUGUGAUAAGCAGAGAUGGAGUCUUGUGUAUAUGUCCCUUCCCUUGGUCUGACUGAACUUUUGUCAACGGUAUUGUUAAUUGGACUUGAAUGGAAUCAGUCUUCGGGUUCAGAAACCAUGGCUGGUUUUUUCAAAACUUGCUACUCUUCCCUGCCCCACCUUUCCUUCUUCCCUGUACUAUAUAAACAUCAAAAUGCAAACUUCAUUAGCAUUGCAAAUCAAGCUAGUUUUUUCAGUUCGUCUCCUUCUAAGCCCUAUUAACUAUAUAUUUCUCAACCAAGGCUAUUACCUUUUCAUAUAUGUCUCCUGCAAUGGUAAUGAAUGACCAGAGGAGAGAGGAUGAUAUACCAGAAAUUCAAUAUCAUAAAGGAGUGAAGCACCUGUUUGAGAACGGUCACCUUCAAACUGUACCAAGAAAGUAUAUACUUCCAGCUUCAGACAGACCCACCACAAGUAUUGAUGUCCCAAAUAAUGUUGCAAAGCAGAAUCUUCAGCUGCCCAUUAUUGAUUUUGCUGAUUUGCUUGGUCCCAAUAGGCCCCAAGCCCUUCAGUCCCUAGCCAAUGCUUGUGAGCAGUAUGGCUUUUUCCAGCUGGUAAAUCAUUGCAUCUCAGAUGAUGAUAUAAAGAGCGUGAUAGAUGUGAUAGGUAAGUUCUUUGAUCUCCCUUUUGAGGACAGAGCCAAGUACAUGACAACUGAUAUGCGAGCACCUGUUCGAUAUGGGACUAGCUUUAGCCAAACCAAAGACACUGUGUUCUGCUGGAGGGAUUUCUUGAAACUUAUGUGCGAUGCAGAUUAUGUCCCUCAUUGGCCUUCUUCCCUCGGCGACUUCCGGAAAGUGGUGGCCACCUAUGCAGAAGAAACCAAACACUUGUUCCUAGUAAUAAUGGAAGCCAUCCUAGAGAGCUUAGGAAUUAUGGAAGCCAGCAAAGAACAGAAGACAGAAGAAAAGGACAAUAUUAUGAGAGACUUCAGCAAUGGGAGCCAGAUGAUGGUAGCUAAUUUCUACCCAACAUGCCCUGAACCAGACCUAACCCUGGGAAUGCACCCUCACUCUGAUUAUGGGUUCCUCACACUUCUCCUCCAAGAUGAGGUGGAGGGUUUGCAGAUCCAAUACCAAGAAAAAUGGGUCACUGUUCAACCUAUUCCCAACGCCUUUGUGGUCAACAUAGGCGAUCACUUAGAGAUAUAUAGCAAUGGAAAAUACAAGAGCGUAUUGCACAGGGUUGUGGUGAAUGAAGUUAAGAGCAGGGUAUCAGUGGCUUCACUGCAUAGCCUUCCCUUCACCUGCACGGUGAGAGUGUCGCCAAAACUCAUUGAUGAAGAGAAUCCCAAGCGUUACAUGGACACUGAUUUUGAAACCUUUCUUGCCUAUGUAUCUUCUAGAGAACCCAAGAAAAAGGAUUUCCUCAACUCCAGGAAAUUAUUCACAUGUACAUAAUUAAAGAAACAACAAUUAUAUAUGCAUAGAUAUAUUGAUUCCUCACUUUCUUUCUAUGUACUACUAGCUAGUGUGCAUGAAGAGACUUGUUCUUCUUCUUGUGUAGGUCCUGCUCUAUGUUAUGGUGCAGAGAAAAUUUUUGGAAAUUUCAAUUGUAUUCUGGAGAUGGUAAUUAGUUAAUUUUUUAGUGAAUCCAGAGGAUUGAUUUCUUUUUUGUAUAAACUCGAUCUACUAUGGUCGAGGAUCUCUUGUACUUCUCAAUACCUCAUCAAGAACAAUAUCACUUUCUUGUUUCACAAA